AUGACUAGUCCUACGACUACUACUAUUACUACUACCACCACCACCACCACUCCACCUCUUAAUAACUCUUCUUUCAAGCUAAGUGGUCCAUAUGGAGAUUGGAGAGACGACCUUCACAAUCAAGGCUAUGCGAUCAUCAAGAAUGCCAUUGACCCAGAAAGGGCCCAGACCUAUCAGCGCAAAGCCUUAGACUGGCUAAUGUCUUUCAACACGGCCCUUGACCUUGAUGAUCCUUCCACGUGGACCAAAGACAACUUGCCUGUCCAAAGCAAAGUGAAUACAUUCAAUGGGUAUUCCGUCACCCAUGAGAAAUUUAUGUGGGAUGCCCGCAUGGAGCCAAAGAUAUUAGAGGCAUUCGCCAAGAUCUGGGGUACCGACGAGCUACUCGUCUCGUUUGACGCACUGAAUAUCACUUUGCCAAACCGACAAGACAAGCCUGCUCAAAAGCCCUGGCCCCAUGUGGACCAGUCGCCGAUGCGGCGUGGACUCCACUGUAUUCAGGGUAUUAUAAAUUUAAGCCAAGCGGGUCCCGAAGAUGGAUCCCUUAUGGUGUUUCCAAGAUCGAACACAGUAACCGAGAGGUUCUUCGACACAGAGACCGACCCAUCUACCUGGGAGCAGAAGGACAUACGCUUAUUCAGCGAGGAAGAAAUCCAGUGGUUUGAAGAUCAUGGUAUGAAACCAUCCAAGGUGCUCGCAGAGCCUGGAGAUUUGAUCGUGUGGGAUUCACGUACUGUGCAUUGGGGUGGAGAGCCAACGGUCAACAGCAACACGAUCCGAACGGUGAUUUAUGCAUCAUAUGCCCCUUUUGAGCUAGCCACCGAAGAGAGUUUGAAGCGGAAGAAAGAAGCUUUUGAGUCUUACCGAGCAACGACUCAUUGGCCACAUGAGAAUAUAGUUAUACGGGAAGGAGUGGUGCAUCUUCCGGACGGCAAGGUUGAUCCUCGCAACCGAUAUGUGCCCUUGGAAGUGCCAGAGCACACAGAUCGGUUGCUUCAACUAGCAGGAGUAAAAUGUUAUCGUGAGCCUUUGACGUCGAUCUUCCGCAUUCCUCACAAGGCAAACAUGAAAUCAUUUGAAUCUCGCCCUCCCAUCGACUAUCCGCGGAAGCGUGCAUCAAUCGCAUGUAAUUUCUGUCGACAUCGGGUGCAGGAUAUUCCAGCUGAAAUCCUGCUUCGCUUGACCCAUCUGGAAACCCUGAUCGAGCAACAAAAGGACGCCAUCACCGAGCUCUCAGCCCGAGUAGGCUCUUCAUCGGAUCAUCCGGGUCGGUCAACUUCCUCUAUUUAUUCGUCCCAGCCAAAAUACGACUGGGACCCAUCACCGGAACAUGUAUACGAUAAAUCCUCCUUCGGCCUCUUUUCACCGGAGAACACAUACGGCCAUGAAUAUGCAUUUACUAUUCCUCUCGGUCACCAUACGCCAACAGGAAGCCUGUUUGCGUUGGACCGAGUCAAGAAUUUGGUUGGCGACUACCCUCAAGACUUUUUCAAGCAGAUAGAGAAAAGGCGACCAUUCAACAGUAUCCAGGUCGCAGGCGUACCUCAGGCCUUUGAACAAAUCGACAUAUCCCGACUGCAUCCCCAGGUCACCAAACCUCUGAUCACCGAGUUCCUCCAACAUGUCCAUGCAUUCUUCCCGAUUGUCGAGCCGCAGUUGUUACAUAUGCUAUUUGACACUUUCUCGACAUACACCAAGGUCAACAGCAUCCAGACUUCACUUUAUCUCGUCAUUCUGGCUUUAGGAAAGGCCUCCUCGAAUCCACAACGAAUUUUUGACAUCGAGGCGGACAAAGAUAUGAGUGGGAUGGAAUAUUUCGCUUCCGCAUAUCACUACUUGAACAACCCAUUGAUAACGUCCUUUGCAGCGGACCACUUGCUGCCUUUGGCUUUAUUCUACGGCUCUUUGUAUCUGCGUCACAUAGGACGCCCAAUCCAAGCAUGGCAAAUGAUCCGUGAUGCGUCCGGCAGUGUGCAGAUCAUGAUUUCCGAACUACAUGACAUGAACACGCACGAAGAGCGAGCUAGUCUCUAUCGGAUUGCUUGGGGUUGUUUCAUUCUCGAAUGUGACGAUCUCGCGGAGUUUCGUUUCCCUCCCAGUGGCAUUGAACUCCUCGUUGAUAGAUUGCCAUUUCCUCGAAUUUCGGAAGAUAGCCGAAACGGCCACCUUGUUUUCCUCGCAAUGUGCUCGAUUCGAAAGCUUCUCAACCGUGUGCACAGCGCUCUGUACGCAAAACCCGACCAGGAGAAUUUCCAUGCCAGCCCUCCGCCCCAACAGACGAGUGACACCCCCAGUGCGACCCCCCAAAAGCAUUCGAUUACAUCUCUUAAGACAAUCAGUGAGGAACUCGAUCGUCAAUUGGAGGACUGGUUUGGCUCUCUCCCAAAUCCCAUCAGACCAACCCUGGGCAAUUCAAUAUCCACAGAUAAGCCUUACGAUACUUACAUUCUCGCCCGGUACUAUGCUACAAAACACAUCAUCUGCCGCCCGAGUCUUGUUUUUGCUGCGCACACCCAAGGUAGUACGGUCUUGCCGGAGUUUAUUUUCGCGAAUUGCAAGAAGUGCGUCGAUAGCUGCCGCAAAUUCAUCUGGGCGGCAUCGCUUCUUAUGCGGCAGAGAACACACUCAAACUGGCACAGAAUGCAAACAAUGUUGGCUGCCAUUUUUACUCUCUCGACUGCGAAAACCACACCUGCUUUAGAGGCUCUCGUUCCGGAUUUCGAUGAGCUAGUGAAAGAGGCCAUUCAAUGCGUUGAACUAUGGGCGCAGCAUUGCGAAACAGCGGAUACGGUCGUCAGCAUGUUGAAGACAAUCCGCCAGAAAGUGCGAGUAUUAGUUCGGGGAGCUUAG